GGGUCAGGGCUAGAGCCGUGAGUGUGGGCCUGGGAUGGGCUAUAUAAGACCCAGCUCUGGCACCAGAGCUUCAUUCUGUGUUGGACAGCAAACCGCAGAGGUCACUCCAGGCUGUGGCUCCAUAUCCCGAGGAACAAAAGCGGGCCUGCUCAGCUGUGUGCAAGGACCAGCGCCCCGGAACCAGUGGCCCACUGCUCCGAGGACCGAGCUCGCUCCAGGCUGCGACUCCACAUCCCCAGGUCGCUGCCUGGCGACCGGGCAGCGAGGACCGGCCACCCCAGACUUCGUGUGUCCCGCCGCCCCGAGGACAGAGCCGCGACCGCCAGGGCAGCGACGCCCGCACAGCUCCGGUGAGAUGGCGGCAGGGUCCACUACGCUGCGCGCGGUGGAGAAGCUGCAGGUGCGUCUGGCCACUAAGACGGACCCCAGAAAGCUAGAGAAAUAUUUGCAGAAACUCUCCGCCCUGCCCAUGACGGCAGACAUCCUGGCGGAGACUGGAAUCAGAAAGGCGGUGAAGCGCCUGCGGAAGCACCAGCACGUGGGCGACUUUGCCAGAGACUUAGCGGCCCGGUGGAAGAAGCUGGUGCUUGUGGACCGAAACACCGGGCCUGACCCACAGGACCCCGAGGAGAGCGCUUCCCGACAGCGCUUCGGGGAGGCUCUUCAGGACCAGGAAAAGGCCCGGGGCUUCCCAGAAAACGCGACGGCCCCCAGGAGCCCAUCUCACAGCCCUGAGCACAGACGGACAGCGCGCAGAACACCUCCGGGGCAACAGAGACCUCACCCGAGGUCUCCCAGUCGCGAGCCCAGAGCCGAGAGGAAGCGCCCCAGAAUGGCCCCAGCUGAUUCCGGCCCCCAACGGGCCCCUCCAACGCGCACCGCUCCCCUCCCGAUGCCCGAGGGCCCUGAGCCCGUUAUGCGCGGGAAGCAACCCGGAAGAGGCCACGCUCACGCUGCUCAGGUCGGGCCUCUGCUGGGUCCAGGCUGCCAGGGCAAACCCCAGGGGGAAGCGGUGGUGAGCCACAGCAAGGAGUACAAAUCGUCUCGCCAGGAAAAACGCCCCUUGUGUGCCCAGGGCGAUUGGCACUCCCCUACUUUGAUCAGGGAGAAAUCAUGCUGGGCCUGCUUAAGAGAGGAAACCCCAAGGAUGCCCUCCUGGGCAAGUGCCAGGGACAGGCCGCCUUCGGACUUCAAGAUAGACGAGGAAGAGGGGCAAGCUGGCAUCGGCCAGCGUGUCCCUGCCUUGGCUGAGGCUCCAGACAGUCAACAGAAGAGGCCUCAGCACAGGCACUCGAACAAGAAGAGGCCCAGUCUAGACGGCCUGGACCCAGGAAAUGGGACACACAGCCUGACCCCGGAGGAGAAAGAGCAGCUUUCCAACCACAAACAGACUCAAGAGGGAAAGCCACCGACUGAUCAUUUGGACAGAACGUCCGUGAGCUCCCUCUCUGAGGUGGAGGAGGUAGAUAUGGCUGAAGAAUUCGAACAGCCCACUCUGUCAUUUGAAAAAUACCUCACCUACGAUGAGUUUCAGAAGCAAAAGAAAAAGACUGGAAAAUCUUCCACCACUGCACUUGGAGAUAAACAAAGGAAAGCAAACAAAUCCAAGGGCACUCGUGAGUCCUGGGAUUCGGCUCAGAAAUCGCCUCCUGUCCAGGAAAGCCAGUCAGAGAGGCUGCUGGAGGCCGGCGCUGAUUCCGCCGGGCCUAAAACGGUGCCCAGCCAUGGCUUCUCAGAGCUCUGGCACCUCUCAGAGGCCUGGAUGCAGGCCAACUACGAUCAGCUUUCAGAUUGUGACUCCAUGAACUUCCAGGCAAAGCCAGAAGCACUCUGUGCACCAAAGUUCCAGGAAGAAGCUGCUUUGCCUGGACGCCGAGUGAAUGCUAAGAUGCAGGUGUACUCGGGCUCCAGGACUGCCUGCCAGCCCCAGGUGCUGACAUUGCGCCAGCAGUGUGUCCGGGUGCUUAGAAACAAUCCGGACGCCAUCAGCGACGUGGGUGAGGUCCCAUACUGGGUUCUUGGACCCAUUCUGGAAGGGUGGAGCCCUGAUCAGCUAUAUCGCAGAGAGAAAGACAAUCACGCACUCAUUAGAGAGACAGACGAAUUAUGGAGGAUUCAUUGUCUCCAGGACUACAAGGAAGAAAAGCCACAGGAGCACGAGUCUUGGCGGGAGCUGUACCUGCGGCUUCCGGACGCCCGAGAGCAGCGGCUGCGAGUAGUGACCACAAAUAUCCGAUCGGCACGGGAAAACAACCCCAACAGCAGAGAGGCAAAGAUAAUCUGUUUCAACUCUCUGGCCAAAACCUCUCAUGAUGCUUCAAGGAGGAAAGAAAAGUCUGCAGGAGCCGCUGACCCCGGAAAUGGAGAGAUCAAGCCAGCCCCUAAGCCCGCAGGAAGCAGCCAGGCUCCCUCCAGGUGGAGCGCCAGCGGCGGCGGCAGCAGCAGCAGCAGCGUCUUUCACGGGCUCCGUGAGAAGCGGGCCAACCCCUGCCAGAACAGCACCAAUGAGCACCGGGCGCCCGCGGCCAAAACCCGGAAACAGGCUGCCAAAAAAGUGGCCCCGCUGAUGGCCAAGGCAGUUCGAGACUACAAGAGAAGAUUCUCCCGACGAUAAACUCAGAACGUGCCUUACAAAUAAAAUCUGGGGGGAGGAGGACCAAUGCAAAAUCAAUGCGGGUUGGGGAACGAAACUUCCAAUGGGCACCAGAACUCUUGGCUUGGUGCAAAGUUGAGCCUCUGAAUUCUGCAGGUGUCAAGAGCUGGCCCUGUGACUUUCGCCUCCCACACCCAGCCACUGUCUCCCUGCUUGGAGGGCACCUCAGAAUUCAGAAGAUAUUCUGAACGCAAUCGGAUCGAUUCUACCUUGGUGGUUCACUGAUCGUUUUUUAAAUAACGCCCUAGUUGCAAUCAUAAGUCAGGUAAAAGACGUGACAUUCCCUUUCGUCUUCCUACCUUUCUUUCUUUUGAAACAAUCGAGUGCAUAAGGACUUCUUAGACACAAACUCUCAAUCCAUUAGUCGACACUGAUAACUGCGACUACGCAGAAGGUUUUGUUGCUGUUG